AAGAGUGAAAAUCACAGUAAGGCCACCCAAGAAAGUGAGUGCAUUGUUCAUCUGCUCCUCUCCCUUCUUCCCCCCCCUUCUAAAAUCCCCGCUUCUGAGAUCCCUUUCUGUCAUCUUCUGUCUUUCAAACUUACAAUUUCGAGGGUUUGUUUUAGCUUGAUCUUAAACAUAUUUGAACACAAAACAAGCAAACCCAUAAGGGUGUUUUUGAAAGCCAGCUGAUUCAGAAUAGAGAUCCAAGUUUUUUCUGUAUUUUUUUCCGCUGUAAUUUCUCCAAAACAGCCAAGAGGGUUUGUUUUUCUGCCCCUCAGGUUGGUUUUUGAUUUUCUUAAGCUUGCACAAGUUUAUUUUCUGUGUAGAAAUUUGCUUUUUCUAAUAUACCUGUUCUUUAGUUUUGGUACAAGAAACAGGUUAUUUUUACGUCCUCUUUUUCAGAUCUCUUUCUUGCUCUUUGGUUAUUGCUAGUUUCUCUUUCUGUAUAAUUUAGUGUAAUUCUUCUGUGUUGUAUAACUUUGUUGAGAAGCCAUGGCAGCAGCUAUAGAUAUAUACUGUAGCAGCAGUCCAGAUUUCUCAGAUCCCUUGGGGGAAGAACUUAUGAAAGCACUUGAACCUUUUAUGAAAGGUGCUACCUUUUCUUCCCCUUCUUCUUCUUCCCCUUCUUCUUCUUCCCCUUCAUCCUCUCCCUCUCCUUCUUACCCCUCCUCUCUCUCUCCUCUCUCUUCUUCCUCUGUCUCUUCUCCCCCUACUUCUUCUUUGUAUUACCCUUUUGAGUCUUCUUAUAACUUUUCUUCUCUCUCUUCAGAGCCCAAUAUGUUCCCUGAUUUUAGCUCAUCCCCAUCGACAACCCACAUGUUUUCUCAAGGGUUUUCGAGUUUUAACCAAGUGGGCGUUGACCAAACAGGUUCAAUUGGGCUCAACCACCUCACCCCAUCUCAGAUCCUUCAGAUCCAAGCUCAGAUCCAACUCCAACAACAACAACAGUACAUUACUUCAUUAACCUCAGCCUCAUCUCUCCACAACCAAACCUUAGCAAAAUUGCAACACCAACAACAAUUCUCUAGCUUUCUUAGCCCCAAACCUGUCCCAAUGAAGCAAGUAGGAACUCCCCAAAAGCCCACAAAGCUUUACCGGGGAGUGAGACAGAGACAUUGGGGUAAAUGGGUUGCUGAGAUCAGACUUCCCAAGAAUCGAACCAGGCUUUGGCUUGGCACCUUUGACACUGCCGAAGAAGCAGCUCUGGCUUACGACAAGGCUGCUUAUAAGCUCAGGGGAGACUUUGCCAGGCUCAAUUUUCCACAUCUGAAACACCAAUUAGGCUAUGAAUUCUCCGAUUACAAGCCUCUUCAUUCCUCUGUGGGCGCCAAACUUCAAGCGAUUUGCGAAAGCUUGGCUAAUUCGCAGAAACAGGGGAAGUCUAAGAAGCCCAGUUUUGUUGCUGAUUCAAAGCCAACAAUUGUGGAUUCAUUGCAAACAGGUGUUGAACAUUUGGAAAAUGUUUUUGAUGAUUCGUUUAAUAGUGAAUCGAGGUAUCCAGGACCGGAGGAGAUCAAAGUGGAGGCCUCAUCUUCGUCAUCUCCGUCAGAUGAUCAGUCGUCGGCGGGUUCGUCUUCGCCUGAAUCCGAUAUCACUUUCCUGGAUUUCUCAGAGCCUUCAUUCGAUGAGUCAGAGAACUUCAUGUUGAAUAAGUACCCUUCAGUGGAGAUAGAUUGGGCAGCUCUUUAAUUUCCUUUACUGUAUCGAUAUUAUCAUGUUGUAAUCUGUGUGUUUAAGUAAGUUUUUAGGUGAAGGUUUCUAGGUUUAUUAUGGUAUUGUCUACUAAGGCCUCUGCAAUGGUUUUUUUGACAUUGCAGAGGUGAGUCAUUAGAGGGUAUGGAGUAGUUCAUGUUAUUAUGUAUCCUUAGGUUAGUCUCCAUAUUUUGAUCUAGCUUGUGUUUUUUCCUAUGCAUUGAUCAAGGGAGAAUUUUAGUUUGUGUAUGUAGCUGGGUGUAAUUAAUCUAUCUUUUAAUGUAUAAUCUACUUGUUUGUAUGUAGUGCAAAUCAUGGUGUGCUGUGGUGUGGUGAUGUUUAUCUCUUUUUCUAGGUUGUUCAUGUCAUAAAAUGGUCGGAUCUAUGUAAGUUAUCAAGGGUUCCAUACUUGUUGUUACUAGUAUAAGUCUGUAACUCAUGCAUCCAGUAAUUGAUCACCAGUGC